AUGGGCCCAGAUCUCGCCGCAGGCCUUGCAGUUAUCGCUAUCCUCAUCUCGGGUGACAUUCUGUCGGGACAGUGGUCCAUUGGAGGCGGCUUCUCUUCCAGCUUGCCACUCCUCCUCAGCAAUCCCAAGGGCAUCGUUGGCUCGCACAGCAAGUACGAGAACGACGCCAGCAUAGUACGUGGUGAUGCGUACCUCAACGGCGGCAACGUCGGCGUCGUGCAAUGGCGCCAAUGGAACUACCUCUGGGAAAUCACCAGCCAAGGUAUCGAUGGCCUUGCCCUCGACAAGCUCACUGCCCACGCAGAUCGCGUCACUACGUUCUCCAUCGAGAACAAUCCAUACGCUUUCUGGGGUCCCUUCUCCGGCCUGGUUGCUCCAGCCGCGCACAACUUGGUUGCAAACUUCAUGUCCAACCACACCGCUGAGCAACCAGGUGGCUACCUCUCGCGCGAGACUCUGCAGCAAUUCUUCGCCAUCAGCGUUACUGGCGCCGGCGCCUCUGGAGACAACCCAGGUGAUUUCGUGCACAACAGAGGCCAAGAGCGCAUCCCUUUGAACUGGUAUCGCCGUCACACCGCCGACGCGUAUAACCUUGCAGACGUCUUCAUUGAUCUCCUCGCCGGUGCAGCGACCAACCCAAACACUCUCCGCAUUGGUGGUAACACUGGCACAGUCAACUCUUUCACCGGCAUCGAGCCUUCGGACCUCACUGGCGGUGUCUUCAACGGUGCAACGCUCCUCCAGGGUAACAACCUCGCCUGCUUUGCUUUCCAAGCUGCCCAGGCUGGCGGUAUUGACCAGCUCGAUGGUGUGCUUAGCAUUGUCCAGGGCGCUCUCAAGCCCUUGACCGAUCAGCUCACGAGCGCUAUCAGUGGUCUCGCCUGCCCUCCGUUGGCCGUGGCCGGGUUCAACAGCCAGCUUAUCAAUGCUUUCCCCGGUGCUGGGUAUGCCAACUAG